UCAGAUUACUGCCAUCUCACACUGGACACCAACACAGUAAGCUCUGAUUUGUUGCUGUCUGAGGGGAACAGGAAGGUGACAGGAGAUUGGGGGAGUGACAACAGAUAUCCUGAUCACCCAGAGAGAUUUGACUCUGAGUAUCAAGUCCUUUGCACCAAGGGUUUGUCUGGGGCUCGCUUUUACUGGGAAGCCGAGUGGAGUGCAGAUGCAGUUGAAAUAGGGGUUACGUAUAAAACAAUCAAUAGGAAAGAAUUCGGUUAUUCUCAUCUUGGCAGGAAUGACAAAUCGUGGUGUUUGAGAUACUCUCAUACUGGUUACAGUGCCUGGCACAAUGACAUAAAGACUAAAGUAAAAGUCAAAAAGCACCCUAGGGUAGGAGUGUACCUGGACUGUCCUGCUGGGAAUCUGUCAUUUUAUAACAUUUCAGUGUCGGACAACACAAUGACCUUCUUGCACAGAUUCCAUGCAACAUUCACUGAGCCACUCUAUCCUGGGAUCGGCAUGGACUUUAUGCUCCGUAAAAUUUUUUCUUCUACUGUUAAGUCAUUAACGUUUUGUGAUCUGAAAUAGUGGUCGAAGCCUGAAACCCUCUUGUAUUGUAAUUUAUUCAGAUUUUUAUUCCUGUUUGUAGGAAUAUGAUGAUCAUGUAUACCAAGUGAACCAGCAACUGGAGUGAGAAAGUUUUAUAGCUAAGUCAAAUACAACUGUUUGUGUAUUUCCCUAAACUCAAUGUAAAGGCAAGCUUGUGAGAAGUUACUGAGAAGAACACAUUCAUUUUCAAGGGAUUGUGAGGACUGAAAGGGUACCAAGCUGUACUGGGAAAACAAGGUACAAGGGCUGGUUUCGACAGAUGUAUAUCAAGCUUUGGCAAGAUAAUAUAUUGUCUAUAUCAUAAGAUAAUAGCUGAGUGUUAAGCAGAAUUACUUGUUUUGAGGGAAAUUGGUUCAUGGCCAAUUUCAUAAGAACAUAUUAAAGGGAACUGUAAAGGGACCAUAUCUUAUUUUAAACAACAUGUUUUCAGUAUAAAUAGAAAGAUCACAGACACCCCUUAGCUGCGAUUUCGAACACCUCCAGAUCUCCUCUCCACCAUCUGAAGGGGUCAUAUACAGAGCAAAGUCAUUGUAUUUAUCUUGCUCUUAAUUGUAUUAUUACUUGUACUGUGAUUCUUGAAAUGUAUUUGCUUACGAUUGUAAGUCGUCCUGGAUAAGGGCGUCUGCUAAGAAAUAAAUAAUAAAAAACAGGU